AUGGCUGGCCAACACAUCCUUCCUCAAGCUUUGUAUCAGAGCAAUAUGCUGAAAGCCAUGAAGAUUAGAGAGAGGACACCUGAAGAUCUGGUCAAACCCCCCAGUGGAAUAAUUCACCACUUCAGGACUAUGCACAGAUACACCAUAGAAAUGUUCAGAAUGUGCCAGUUUUGUCCUCAGUUUCGGGAAACACUUCAGAAGGCCCUGACUGACCAGGCCACCCAGACUUCGCUGGAGCGCCAGAGGAAGCUCAACUGGUGCAUGGAAGUUCGGAGACUUGUCCCUUUGAAGACUAAUGGUGAUGGAAAUUGCCUCAUGCAUGCUGCAUCACAGUACAUGUGGGGUAUUGAAGACAUCGACCUCGUCUUAAGAAAAACAUUGUUCAGCGCACUCAGGGAGAUUGACACACGGAACUUCAAGCUCCGCUGGCAGCGGGAGGCUAUUAAAUCCCAGGAGUUUGUAGAAACGGGACUCCACUAUGACACCCGGAAUUGGGAGGAGGAGUGGGAAUACCUCAUUGAAAUGACCUCCCCAGAAACAUCUGGGGCUCGAAACAGGCUUCCAUAUAAUGCACUGGAAGAAAUCCACAUCUUCAUCCUUGCUAACAUCCUCAGAAGGCCAGUCAUUGUCCUUGCAGAUAAAGUGGUGAGAAGUUUAGAGUCAGGCUCCAGUUUUGCUCCUCUGAAUGUUGGUGGUAUUUACUUGCCUCUUCUUUGGCCAGCUGAAGAAUGCUACAGAUACCCAAUUGUGCUCGGCUACGACAAUAUGCAUUUUACACCACUAGUGACUCUGAAGGACAGCGGGCCAGAAAUCCGGGCUGUCCCUCUGGUCACCAGUGAACGAGGCAGAUUUGAGGACUUGAGCGUGCACUUUCUGACAGAAACAGAGGAGAAGGAGAAAGAGCAGCUGCUAAAAGACUAUUUGAUAGUGAUAGAAAUUCCAGUGCAAGGCUGGGAUCAUGGUACAACUCAUCUAAUUAAUGCUGCAAAGUUAGAUGAAGGCAACCUACCCAAAGAAAUAAACCUCGUGGAAGAUUACUUUCAGCUGGUACAGCAUGAGUACAAGAAGUGGCAGGAGAAUGCUGAACCUGCUAGAAGAGAGACCUGCUCCAGGAACAGACAGGAACUGUCUCUUUCCCAGCUCUCCCUCUUACAGGUGAAAUGUGAAACGCCGAAUUGCCCUUUCUACAUGUCUGUGAACACCCAGCCCUACUGCCACGAGUGCUUUGAGCGGAGGUCCCAGGGAAGCAAAGGAAGAAAGCAGACCUUCAAAGCAGCACCUGAGAAACUGAAGGCAGCUGGGUCGGGCUCCUCCCGUGGGGACGUUUGUGAACCUGGGGGAUGGACGUCAGAAGGGCCUGUAACAGGGCCUCGCUCCGCACCUCCGACUGCUCCGAGCCUUUUCCUGUACAGCGAGACCACGGCCAUGAAAUGCAGGACACCAGACUGCCCCUUUACAUUGAAUGUGCAACACAAUGGGCUUUGCGAACGCUGCUACAACUCCAGACAGCUUGGUCCUUGCAACAACUUCGAUGACCGGAGACAUUUAGACUAUGCCACAUGCACAGUGUGCCGUCAGAAGGCCAAAAGGACCUUCAACGGCAUAUGCAGCACUUGCUUCAAAAGGUCCACAGAGCGCUCCUCAAACGGCAGCCCUGCUUUUCUGCCCACGUGCCACCAGAGAUCGACAUCUGACCCGUCCCAGAUCUCACAGGGCCUCCUCCAGCACUCCUGCCAUCAGGCUCCCAACAGCCGUGGCGAGGAGCCCCCGCCACCGGCUCUGCCUCCCGAGGAGAAGAGGGGAGGCAACCUCUGCAGGAAACCUGGCUGCAAGUUUUUUGGCACGUCGCAGAAUGAGGGCUUUUGUACGCUGUGCUUCUUUGAGUACCGGGAAAACCACGGUAAGCGGAGAUGGGCAGGUCAGCUGGGGACCUCCGCUCCCGCCUUCCAUAACACCGUGUCCUGCCAGCGACGCGACUGCGGCACCCUGGGCAGCACGAUGCUCGAAGGGUACUGCCAGAACUGCUUCAUUAAAGCCCAAAACCAGCAAUUUCAGGAAGCCAGGAGGACGGAAGAACAGCUGAGAUCGGGACAGCACAGAGAUUUGCAGCGAGCAGCGUUGAGUAGCCAGAAGAGGCAGUGUGCUGUGGCUUUGUGUAGAAACAACCUGGCCUGCAGAAGCGAUGACUUGUGCCAGGAGUGCCAGCGCCUCGGUCAGCUCGCGCCGUCGGGGAGUGCCAGGGACCCGGCUGCAGAGGAGCCCCCGAAGCAACGCUGCCGAGCCCCUGCUUGUGACCACUAUGGCAAUGCCAAGUGCAACGGCUACUGCAAUGAAUGCUACCAGUUCAAACAGAUCUAUGGCUAG